AUCUAUUUUGCGUAAACGUCGUGGUUCGUACGACAUGGAUAUUGCAAGGACGGCAAAGCAAUCUGGAAAUCAUCUACUCUUCAUGUCUUCUCGACAUUCCCAGCGUAGCCAGCGAGCAAAUCAUGGCCAGUCUGCUAAAUAAUCAUCAUGAGAUCAGUAACUUGUCAACAACCGGCAGCCAUGCUACCAGGACCCAUGCAUGACCAACUAGGAUACUGCAGCUAUAAUUAUAUAUAUCUAGCUGUAGUCAUGCAAGCAGUUGUUGAAUCAUCCUAUCAAAUAUUAUCAGCCCUAACUAUAUAUAUUCGACGUUUAAAUGUAUAUACUAAAGUUGCAUUGUGUUAUGCACAAGAGUAUCCUUAUUGUAUGAUAUUGUAUAAGUAAUUAAAAAUUCUUAAAUAUUAUGACAUUUAUUUAAAUAUCGAAUAUUUCGUUUUAAUCACGACAUCUUCAGACACCAAUUACCAAUACGAAGUUGCUACAAAUUUUCAAUAUUUUAUUCCGUGUUUUAAUUUGUUAAAAAAGUAUAGGAUCUGUUCAAAUUUCCUCUAUUUUAAUAUUACUUUUCCGCGUGUCUUAAAACAGUAGUAAAAAAAGGCAUGUACUAAACCCCGAAACAACCGGAACGAAACCACCGGAACAACCGGAACGACCGGAACCGAAACCAGAAUCGAACAACAACCAGAACAAGAAUAGGAAAAGACCGGAACCACCGAAACCAGAAUCGAACAACAACCAGAACAAGAAUAGGAAAAGACCGGAACCACCGAAACCAAAUCGAACAACAACCAAAGAAUAG